GUGGAUGUGACUGUCCUAUCCUGGUGGAAUACGCAGUCAUAACCUAAGAAUAAAGCGUACUGCUUUGCUUAUUUUGAUAAAACUUUUUUCUGUGAUUUAGGCAAGUCUAGUAAACGCAACCGUGAAGGAUUUCCAAGUCUAAAAUGGGUUACGCCUUGAAAUAUAGUGCGUCUGGACUGGUCCUUCAAACAAAAGCGCUCUUUUUGCUGGUCAUCAUCUGUGUUUGUGGAAGAAUUUAUGGACAAAUGCAGUAUGUCGUUUCUGAGGAAUUACUUCGUGGUACUGUGAUUGGGAAUCUCGCAAAAGAUCUGGGAUUACAUUUGUCGAGUAUUUCUAGUCGUAACCUUAGGGUUGUCUCUAAGUCUGAUAAGCAGUAUUUCAAAGUCAAUCCCAAAGAUGGGACCCUAUUUGUGGAUGAAGAAAUCGACAGGGAGCAACUCUGUGGUCGAAGCUCUAAGUGUUUUCUUGGUCUUCAGCUGAUAUUAGACAAUCCACUGGAAAUGAGUAGCGUAAAAGUUGAGAUUUUGGAUAUAAAUGACAAUUCACCCAGAUUUCCUGCUGAAAAUGUUACUCUAGAAAUAAUAGAAGCAGUCAAGGUCGGGUCGGUUUUUGUAUUAGAUGCAGCGCGGGAUCCUGACGCUGGAUCCAAUUCUUUGUCAACAUAUUGGCUUACUCCAAACGAACAUUUUACUCUCAGAGUGACAACCCAAAACGAUGGUGUCAAAGUGCCCGAAAUUGUGCUGCAGAAGGAGCUGGACAGGGAACAACAAGCGGUUCAUUAUUUGAUAUUAACGGCUGCAGACGGGGGUGAUCCAGUUUUAACAGGUACGGUAAACGUUCUCGUUAAGGUUAUUGAUAUUAACGAUAAUGCACCUAUUUUUAAUCAGUCGUUUUAUAACGUGAGACUUAAGGAAAAUUCCCCCAUAGGAACUAUUGUGAUACAAAUAAAUGCCACAGAUCCAGAUGAAGGUGUCAACGGGGAAAUUGAGUAUUCGUUUGGAAGGGGUCACUCUUCUAGUAAUUCGUAUUUAGGAUUUAUCAUAGACAAACGAACAGGAGAGGUCAGCACAAACGAUGUGUUGGAUUUUGAAGAGACCAGACAAUACACUGUACAAGUAAAGGCCAGAGACAGGGGUGCACCAUCUGCGGAAGAAUACUGUACACUCACCAUAGACCUCAUUGAUAUGAAUGACAACGCCCCUGAAGUGAUUAUAAACUCGCUGACCACUCCGGUCAGAGAAGAUGCCCUCCCGGGCACCGUGGUUGCCUUGAUCGCUGUCAGCGAUAAGGAUUCCGGGGGAAACGGGCAGGUUCACCUUCAAAUACUCCACAACGUCCCAUUCAAGCUCGUACCAUCUUUUGAGGACCAUUACUCUUUAGUAACAAGCAAUUUAUUGGAUCGUGAGACCACAUCGUAUUAUAACAUUACAUUAAAGGCUGUCGAUUCAGGGGUUCCUUCAUUGUCCACCCAAAGACUGCUUUUUAUUGAAAUUGCUGAUGUGAAUGACAAUUCCCCCCGUUUUUUACACACGUCCUAUACAGUUCAGGUACGGGAGAACAAUCAUCCGGGAUCGUACCUUUGUUCGGUGUUGGCUUCUGACUCUGAUGAAGGUAAAAAUGCCAAGCUUUCUUAUUCAAUAAUAGAUCACAGUAUUCCAAAUGUCCCCAUUUCCUCUUACUUUUACAUCAAUUCCAAAAACGGCUCACUGUACAGUGCUCGUUCCUUUGACUAUGAAGAGGCCCACGUUUUCCAAAUACAGGUCCAGGUUGAGGACGCUGGUGUUCCUCCAUUGAGAAGCAACGUGACAGUCUAUAUUUUCAUUGUUGACCAAAAUGAUAACGCUCCCAAAAUUAUUUAUCCCAGCCCUGUGCAGGGCUCCAUGAUCCAACAAACUAUACCCCGCUCAGCACAUGUAGGUCAUCUGGUGAUGAAGGUAGUAGGAGUUGAUGAGGACAGUGGUUAUAACGCAUGGCUAUCUUACAGGCUUCAAGAGUCACAAGACAGUGGAUUGUUCCUUGUAUCACCCUAUUCAGGAGAAAUCCGCACAGCUAAAAGCUUCCAGGAUUUAGAAGAAAAUGUCAAAACCAUUAUAGUGGAAGUGAAAGACAGUGGGAAACCAUCCCUUUCUACAUCUGUCACACUCGUGUUAACUAUGGAAGACAAUAAAGCAGAAGGAUUUUCAAGUUUCAAGGACACGCCCGUCCUGUCUUCUGGUUCUUCAAAUAUAACAUUGUAUUUAAUAAUCGCAUUAGUAGUAAUUUCAUUUAUUUCAUUUCUAACCUUUACAGCACUUGCCGUUAAGUGUUUAAGAAACGGAAAAAGUGGAACCCCUUUCUUUGCAGAACCUUAUUGUUGCUGCAGAGAGCAAAGUUUGGAUUAUAAGUACCCUUACAAUUAUACUGCAGAAAGUCUAAGGAUACAGCUGAAUUCAGAUGGUCCUCUUAGAUAUGUGGAAGUGCGCCCAAGUGGAUUGAUCUCCCAACCGGAAAACACGAGGACUUGUUUACCCCCGGUGUUAGAUGGUGAUGACUUUCUUUUCAUGAAACCUGGCAAUGCUUCAGAUCUUAGCAACAGCUCUAAUGCUGUUCCAUUAACUAAUGACUACUCUACAAAUCCAUCUAACAUGAACAGUCACUGGCGACGGCUUUUAACAUUGCACGUUGUCUCGUUUUUCAUCUUUUGUCCUGGGUGCAAAAUUUAUGGACUCAAAACCUAUGCAGUCUCUGAACAACUGAGUCGCGGCUCUGUGGUUGGAAAUAUCGCGGACGACUUGAAACUGAUUAAACACAGCAUUUCAGCUCGAAAUCUUAGGGUUGCUUCUAAAUCCAGCAAACAGUACUUCAAGGUAAAGCCCUUGGACGGGACACUAGUUGUGGACGAUGAAAUAGACAGAGAACAGAUCUGUGGUCGGAGUCCAACUUGUUUUCUGCAUAUUCAAAUUAUAUUGGAAAAUCCCUUUGAAGCCCAUAGUGUAAAAGUGGAGAUACUGGACAUAAACGACAAUUCGCCCAGAUUCCCCACAGAAAAUGUCACACUGCAAAUCUUUGAAGUAAUCAACACAGUGACGAGUUUCGAAAUGGAUGCAGCACAGGAUCCCGACAUUGGAUACAAUUCUUUGUCCACAUAUUGGCUUUCUCCAGAUGAUUAUUUUUCUCUCACGCUGAAAGCCCGGCACGAUGGCUCCAAAGUGCCAGAGAUUGUCUUGCAAAAGGCUCUGGACAGGGAACAGCAAGCUGUGCAUCACUUAGUGCUAACUGCUGUGGACGGUGGCGUUCCCGCGUUGACAGGUACCAUGAAUAUUACAAUUAAGGUUCUUGACAUUAAUGACAAUGUACCCAGUUUUAAUCAAUCAUUUUAUAAACUGAGACUAAAGGAAAACGUUCCUGUAGGGACUAUUGUCAUACAGUUGAAGGCCACGGAUCCCGAUGAAGGGGUCAAUGGAGAAAUAGAGUAUUCAUUCAGAAGAAGUCACUAUAGCAAAAGCCAAGAGGUCUUCAGCAUAGAUGCACAUACGGGGGAAAUCAAAACAAGCGAUUUGUUGGAUUUUGAAGAGUGCAAGGAAUAUACAAUCGAAGUUAAGGCUAGAGACCGGGGUUUGCCCCCAGCUGAAGUAUACUGCACAGUCGUAGUGGAAAUCCUUGAUGUAAAUGACAACGCCCCUGAGUUGCUGGUAAACUCCUUGAAAACAUCCAUUCAGGAGGAUACCCCUCCAGGAACGGUCGUUGCUUUCAUUGGUGUUAAAGACAACGAUUUUGGUGACAAUGGGCGUGUCCAUCUUCAUUUGGUCCCCGACAUUCCAUUCAAACUCGUGCCGUCAUUUGAGGAUCAUUUUUCACUGGUAACAAAAGAUUUACUGGAUCGUGAAAUCACACCUUAUUACAACAUGACUAUUGUGGCUGUUGAUUCUGGGUCCCCUUCUUUAUCCACCCAAAUGCUGCUUUUUAUUGAAAUUUCUGAUGUGAAUGAUAACCCUCCAUGGUUUUCAUACCCAUCUUACACUGUUCACAUUCAGGAAAACAACAUUCCCGGACUACCCAUUUGCUCACUGAUCGCCAGUGAUCCCGAUGAGGGUAAGUAUUCCAAGCUUGUGUACUCUGUAGCAGAUCAAACAGUUCAAAACAUGCCUGCUCUUUCUUACUUUUACAUCAGUUCGGAAAACGGCACUCUCUACAGUGCACGUUCUUUUGACUAUGAGACAACACAAGUUUUCCAUUUAAUAAUCCAGGCUGAAGAUGGUGGUUCUCCACCGCUUAAGAGCAACGUGACCGUCCACAUUUUCAUUACGGAUCAAAAUGAUAACGCACCUAAAAUUAUUUAUCCUAAAGCUGCGUAUGGUGCCUUGAUUCAGCAAACCAUUGCUCGCUCUGCACAAGUCGGAUACUUAGUGACCAAGAUUGUGGCUGUUGAUGACGAUAGUGGUCAUAAUGCCUGGUUGUCCUAUAAACUUCAACAGCCUCAAGAUGCUGAUGUGUUUUCUAUAUCACCUUAUUCCGGUGAAAUCCGUGUAGCUAAGAAUCUACAGGACUUAACAGAUUUCAUGCAAAAUAUCACAGUUGAGGUGACAGACAAAGGGAAUCCAAAACUUACCACAUCUGUCAUACUCCCGAUAUUGCUUCUAGAAGAGAAAACAGAAGGAUAUUCAAAACGCAAAGACAGCCCCGUGCUGUCAUCCAGUACUUCCAAUUUAACACUGUAUCUAAUAAUUUCAUUGGUAGCAAUGUCCUUCCUUUCCUUUGUAACAUUUGUAGCUCUUGCUAUUAGCUGUAUGAUGAAGAGAAGAAGAAAGCACACUGCUUGUUUUGCAACUACUUGCUGUUGCUGCAGAGAGCAGAGUGUGGAUCCCCCUAAGUACCCCUAUAACUACUCUACGGGAAGCUUCAGGAUACAUCUGAAUUCGGAUGGGCCUAUGAAGUAUGUUGAAGUUCGUCCAAGUGGUUUAGUAUCUCAGACUGGGGGCUCAAGGGCAGGCUUUCCCUCAGUGUCCCCUGGAGGUGACUUCAUGUAUGCGAUGCCUUACAAUGUUUCAGAUAUUGGAGUGAAUGGCAACAAUGUUUCUUUAACGGCAAAUGAUCUGGUGGAUCUAUCUAGCAUGAAAAAAGUACACAGGAGUCUUGAGUGUUAUUUAUUUAUGUCUGUAUUUAUGCGGGAUCACUAUGAAAUACCAAACGCCCAAAACCCCGAUGCUGAAAAACGAGACCAGAUGACCAAAACCCGCAUUACCGAAAGACCAGAAGGCGAAAUGCAAAAUUCCAAUGUUAAGGGAUUUUACAUUAACGCUUCUGGUGUUCUGGUUCAGUACUCACUCGAGGGAUCGAUUUUUGGAAGUAGCAUGGAGUGUAAUGAUUUGCCAUGGUGUUUUAAAAGGCAAGUACUUUAUUUAUUUUUCACUUUUUGCCCCUGGUACGUUUAUGCACACAUGCAUUAUUCCAUUUAUGAAGAACUGAACCGUGGUUCUGUUGUUGGGAAUGUCGCUAAAGAUCUGGGACUGAGCAAACAGAUUAUACUGGGUCGGAAUCUAAGGGUUGUUUCUAAAUCUAGCAAGCAGUACUUCAGAGUAAAUCUCGAAGACGGGUCAUUAGUUGUGGACGAUGAAAUAGAUAGAGAGGAGCUAUGUGGUGGCAACCCUAGUUGUUUUCUGCAUUUUCAGAUAAUACUUGAAAGUCCUUUGGAAGUACAUGCUGUAAAAGUUGAGAUACUGGAUAUAAAUGAUAAUUCGCCUAAGUUCCCUAGUGAAAAUAUUACACUGGAAGUCCGCGAACUAGUAAACACAGGGACGGGGUUCGAAAUGGAAGUAGCCCAGGAUCCCGAUGUCGGACAGCAUUCUUUGUCCACCUAUUGGCUUUCCCCAAAUGAUUAUUUUUCUCUUAAUAUAAAAACCCGCCAUGAUGGCGCUAUUGUACCGGAGAUUGUAUUGCAAAGGGCCUUGGACCGAGAACAGCAAGCGGUGCAUCAUUUAAUGUUGACCGCGUUAGAUGGUGGAGAUCCUGCGUUGUCUGGAACAGUCAGUAUUACAGUUAAAGUUCUUGAUAUGAAUGACAACGCACCCAGUUUUAACCAAUCGUUUUAUAACGUGAGAGUAAAAGAAAAUGUGCCUGUAGGGACUGUUGUGAUCCAGGUGAAAGCUACAGAUCCCGAUGAAGGGGUCAAUGGGGAAAUAGAGUAUUCGUUCAGAAGUCAUGGCUUUAGCAAAACCCACAGGAUCUUUAGCAUCGAACCAGGUACUGGAGAGAUAAAGACAAACAGUGUCUUGGAUUUUGAAGAAACCAAGAAAUAUACAAUCGAAAUAAAGGCUAGAGACCGCGGAUUUCCUCCAGCUGAAACAUACUGCACUGUCCAAGUGGAACUCAUUGAUGUAAAUGACAAUGCCCCAGAGAUGUUGAUCAGUUCCUUUACCAAUUCCAUUCGAGAAGACGCUGUUCCAGGAACGGUCGUUGCUUUGAUUAGUGUUAGGGACGACGACUCUGGGGACAAUGGGCGAGUCCAUCUUCUUAUGGAUCCUGGCAUUCCUUUCAAGCUUGAACCAUCGUUUGAGGAUCACUUUUCUUUAUUAACAAAGGAUUUACUGGAUAGAGAGACCACACCUCAUUUCAACUUCACAAUUAAGGCCACUGAUUUGGGGUCUCCUUCAUUAACCACCCAACUGCUAUUUUUUGUUGAAAUUUCAGAUGUGAAUGACAACCCACCUCGUUUUCUGCACAGUUACUAUGCAGCUCACAUACAGGAAAAUAGCAGUCCUGGGCUGUCAAUUUGUUCACUUAUGGCUUCUGAUCCUGACGAAGGAAAGAAUUCAAAGCUUGUGUACUCCAUAGCAGAUCAAAGAAUACAAAAUAUGCCUGUGCUGUCCUAUUUUUACAUCAAUUCAGAAAAUGGCACUCUGCACAGCUCACGUUCUUUUGACUAUGAGACAACACAAGUUUUUGUGCUAACGGUUCAGGUUGAAGAUACUGGUUCUCCACCACUGAUGAGCAAUGUCACGGUCCACAUAUUCAUUAUUGACCAAAAUGAUAACAUCCCUAAAAUUAUUUACCCCAAAUUUGUGCAUGGGUCUGUGAUCCAUCAAACUGUUCCCCGCUCUGCACACAUGGGUUACUUGGUGACUAAAAUUGUAGGUGUUGAUGAUGACAGUGGUCAUAAUGCUUGGCUGUCAUAUAAGCUUCAACAGUCGCAGGGUGCUGAAGUAUUCAUUAUAUCACCCUACUCGGGUGAAAUACGGGUAGCCGAGAGCCUGCAAGAUUUAACAGAAUCUACAUAUAACAUCACAGCUGAGGUGACUGACAAUGGAAAUCCAGGCCUUUCCACAUCUGUUACGCUCGUGUUAUCUUUGGAAGAUAAAGCGGAAGGAUAUUCAAACCACAGAGACAUCCCUGUGCUUUCAUCGGGUACUUCCAGCUUAACGAUGUAUCUAAUAAUUUCGUUGGUAGCAAUUUCUUUUGUUUCGUUUAUAACGUUUGCAGUGCUUGCUGUUCAGUGCAUGAGGAAAAGAAGUGGGGAUAACGCUUGUUUUACAUCUGCCUGCUCUUGCUGCAGAGAGCAGAGUUCUGUUCCCAAUUACCCUUAUAAUUAUACACCAGGAAGCCUAAGGAUACACCUGAAUUCUGACGGUCCACUCAAGUAUGUAGAAGUGCGUCCAAGAGAGAUGAGCUCUCAUACAGAGGACUCUAAGGCAUAUUUUAAUUCGGUGUCAAACAGGGGUGAUUUUCUAUGUAUGAAGCCUUGCAACUCUUCAACUCUUGGGUCCAGUACCAACACUAUUUCUUUACGAACAAAUGAUCUGGUGGAUCUGUCUAACAUGAGUAAGUGGACUUCUAAAGUCUUAAAAGGUUACGGCAUGGAAUACGGUGGGUCUCAACUAUUUAAGGCAAAGCAAGUAAUCUCUUUGUGUUUCAUUCUCUGUCUUUUGGAGAGGAUUUAUGGACAAAUACACUAUACCAUAUCCGAGGAAUUAAGUCCCAAUUCUGUAGUUGGAAAUGUUGCUAAAGAUCUAAGUUUACAGAUGGCGACUAUUUCUAACCGAAACCUAAAGGUCGUUUCUAAAUCUGACAAAGAGUAUUUCAAACUGGAUUUCAAACACGGGACCCUAGUUGUGGAUAAUAGGAUAGACCGAGAAGAGCUUUGUGGUCAGAGUACUACUUGUGUCCUGUCUCUCCAGUUGAUUCUUGAAAACCCUUUGGAAUUACAUAGUGUCCAAGUGGAGAUAGUGGAUAUAAAUGACAACGCACCCACAUUCCCUGCUGAAAACGCCACCUUAGAAGUAUCUGAAGGAACCGGUGUGGGGGUGGCUUUUGGACUAGAUGCAGCGAUGGAUCUCGACGUCGGGUCAAACUCUUUGUCCGUGUACAAGCUUAAUGCAAACGAUUACUUUGCUCUGAGGAUAAAAACUCAUUAUGAUGGUACCAAGGUUCCAGAAAUGGUAUUGCAAAAGGUUCUGGACAGGGAGCAACAAGCUGUGCAUCACGUGAUGUUGACAGCUAUUGAUGGUGGAGAUCUUAUGUUAUCAGGUACAGUAAAUAUUACAGUUAAAGUACUCGAUGUAAACGAUAACGUCCCCAGUUUUAAUCAGUCAUUUUACAGCGUGACCCUUCGGGAGAACUUGCCAGUAGGGACAACUGUGAUUCAGCUUAGAGCUGCCGAUCCAGAUGAAGGCAGUAAUGGGGAAAUAGAGUAUUCAUUCAAAAAGGGUCACAGUUCAAGCAAAUUACUUCAAGUUUUUAACAUUGAUCAACGGACAGGGAUAAUCAUGACACAUGAUGUCUUAGAUUUUGAGAAAGCAAAAAUAUAUACAAUAGAUGUUAAGGCCAAGGACCGCGGUUCUCCCCCGGCAGAAGCAUAUUGCACAGUCCAGGUGGAGCUCAUUGAUGUAAAUGAUAACGCACCAGAGGUGAUUAUAAACUCAUGGAGUAGCCGGAUCCAAGAGGAUGCCCUUCUGGGCACUGUUGUUGGUUUAUUCAGUGUUAGAGAUAAAGAUUCCGGAGAAAGUGGGCGAGUCCAUCUUCAGAUGCCUCCUAACAUACCGUUCAAGUUUUCCCAAUCAUUUGAGGAUCACUACUCGUUGGUAACCAGAGAGCUUCUGGAUCGUGAGACGGUAGCUUACUAUAAUUUCACUAUUCAAGCUAUUGAUUCUGGGUCUCCUGCUUUAUCCACCGAAACGCAAUUUUUUAUUGAAGUUAUAGACAUGAAUGACAACCCACCUCGGUUUUCACACCUGUCUUAUACCGCCCACGUAAAGGAAAAUGGCCUUCCGGGGACGCAUGUUUGCACCGUGUCAGCUUCUGACCCAGACGAGGGUACCAAUUCCAAGCUUUCGUAUUCAAUCCUUGAACAAAAACAUGAACGCAUACCUCUUCUUUCGUAUUUUUACAUAAACACUGUAAACGGCACACUCUACACUGCUCGAUCGUUAGACUACGAGGAAACGCAAGUUUUCCAAAUGCAGAUCCAGGUUGAGGAUGCUGGUACACCACCUCUGAAAAGCAAUGUGACAGUCCACAUAUUCAUCCUGGAUCAAAAUGAUAACGUUCCCAAAAUAAUCUAUCCUAAAGCUGUACAAGGUGCCUUGAUCCAGCAAACGAUUCCGCGCUCCGCACAAGUGGGCUACUUAGUGACCAAGAUUGUAGGAGUUGAUGAGGACAGCGGUUAUAACGCCUGGCUCUCCUACAAGCUGCAGCAACCUCAGGAUGCGGAAAUGUUCAUUAUAUCUCCAUAUUCUGGCGAAAUUCGAACGGUUAAGAGCCUGCAGGAUUUAACUGAGCCCACGCACAAGAUCAUAGUCGAAGUGAUAGACAACGGAAAGCCAGCCCUGUCCUCCUCUGUUACAGUCCUACUAUCUUUGGAACAUAAUACAUCGGAAGGCAUUUCAAACCGCAGGGACACUCCUGCCCCAUCUUCUACUACUUCAAAUUUAGCUUUCUAUCUAAUAAUCUCAUUAGUAGCAGUUUCGUUAUUUUUGUUUUUAACAUUUAUAGCUCUUGCUAUUAAUUGCCUAAGAAACAAAAAAGGUGACACAUCCUGCUUUACAUCUGCGUGUUGUAGUUGCAGGGAGCAGAGUUUGGGCCCUGAGUACCCAUAUAAUUACCCAACAGGAAGCUUCCGGAUACAGCUUAACUCUGAGGGUCCUGUCAAAUAUGUAGAAGUUGUACCACGCGGGGGGAUCCCUCCAAAUGGAAACUCUACCAUACGUGCUGCACCUGUGUUAGACAAGGAGGACUUCAUGUAUGUGACUCCACUGAUUGCCUCCCAUCCAAGUAAUACAUUAGAUGCCAAGUCUGUAGCAUCAGAUUAUGCUGUGGAUUCCUUUAAUAUGAUUGCAGAUUUACUUUCCCUAGAAUCAAAUGUGUUUAUGAAUGAGCAGUUGUGGUAUUAUAUUACAAAAAUUUCCCAUUUGUUUUAUAUCAGCAAUACAAGUAACGCAAUGGAGUAUAGUGGGUCGAGGUUAUCUAAGGGGAUGCAAAUGCUGUCUUUGUGUUUCACGUUGUGUCUUUUGGACAUAGCGUGUGCUCAAAUACAAUAUACUAUAUCCGAGGAAGUAAGUCGGGAUUCAGUGGUUGGAAAUGUCGCCAAAGAUCUGCAUUUGCAGCUGCCGAGUAUUACUGGACGGAACGUGAGGGUCGUUUCUAAAUCCAGUAAGCAGUAUUUCAAACUGGAUUCCAAAGACGGGACCCUGGUUGUGGACGAUAAAAUAGACAGAGAAGAGCUAUGUGGCCAGAUCGCUACUUGUGUCCUGCCACUCCAGCUGAUACUUGAAAAUCCUUUGGAAAUACAUAGUGUCCAAGUGGAGAUAAUGGAUGUAAAUGACAAUUCUCCCGCAUUUCCUGCUGAAAAUGUCACUUUAAAAAUACCAGAAGGUGUUAACGUAGGGACAUAUUUUGGAUUAGAUUUUGCAAUAGAUGCUGAUGUUGGCUCGAAUUCGUUGUCCACCUACCGUCUUAGUACAAACGAUUAUUUCAUUCUGAGGGUAAAAUCCCGUUAUGAUGGCGCCAAAGUGCCGGAGAUCGUACUGCAAAAGGCUCUGGACAGGGAACAGCAAGCGAUGCAUAAUUUGGUAUUAACAGCGAUCGAUGGCGGGCAGCCUGUGUUAUCAGGUACAGUGAAUAUUACAAUUAAGGUUCUUGACAUAAAUGACAACAGUCCCAGGUUUAAUCAGUCGUUUUACCGCGUUGCAAUUCCUGAAAACUCGCCUAUAGGGACAGUUGUGAUCCACCUUAAAGCCACUGAUCCUGAUGAAGGUGCAAAUGGGGAAGUAGAGUAUUCAUUCAAAAGGAGUCAUGCGUCCAGCAAAGUCAAUCAGGCGUUCGGCAUAGACCAUCUGACAGGGGAAAUCAAAACUAAUGAGGUGUUAGAUUUUGAGGAAUCCAAAUCAUAUACUAUUGAAGUCAGGGCAACAGACCGUGGUUUACACCCAGCAGAAGACUACUGCACAGUUCAGGUGGAUCUCAUUGACGUAAAUGAUAAUUCUCCUGAAGUGAUUAUAAACUCCUGGAGUAACCGGAUCCAAGAAGAUGCUCUCCCGGGAACAGUUGUUGGUUUAAUUAGCGUUCGGGAUAGAGAUUUUGGAGAAAAUGGACGGGUCUAUCUUCAGAUCCCUCCAGACAUUCCAUUCAAGCUCUUACAGUCAUUUGAGGAUCAUUACUCGUUGGUAACAAAAGAGUUACUGGAUCGUGAGAUAUUACCUUACUAUAACAUCACGCUUAUUGCAGUUGAUUCGGGAUCCCCCUCCUUAUCCACAAAACGGCAGCUAUUUAUUGAAAUUGCUGAUGUGAAUGACAACCCACCUCGUUUUCCUCACUUUUUCUAUACUGCCCACAUAAUGGAAAACAGUCCUGCAGGAACGUUUGUUUGUUCCAUGAUGGCUUCUGACCCUGACGAGGGUAAGAAUGCAAAGCUUUCAUAUUCCAUCUGGGAACAAAAAGCUGAGAACAUUCCUCUUUUUUCGUAUUUUUACAUAAAUCCCGAAAAUGGCACAAUGUACACUGCCCGUACUUUCGACUACGAGGAAACGCAAAGUUUCCAAGUACAAAUUCAGGUUGAAGAUGCUGGUAAGCCACCGUUAAGGAACAAUGUGACAGUUUAUAUAUUUAUCCUUGACCAAAAUGAUAAUGCUCCCAAAAUUAUUUAUCCUAAGGCUAUACAAGGUUCUGUGAUUCAACAAUCUGUUCCCCGCUCAGCACACUUGGGUUAUUUAGUGACCAAGAUUGUAGGUGUUGAUGAAGACAGUGGGUAUAAUGCAUGGCUGUCCUACAGACUGCAACAACCUCAAGACACAGAAGUGUUUAUUAUAUCUCUAUAUUCUGGUGAAAUUCGUACAGCAAAGAACCUGCAGGAUUUAAAUGAGCUCACACACAAGGUUUUAGUUGAAGUGUCAGACAAAGGAAAUCCAGCUCUCUCCUCCUCUGUUACAAUCCUGUUGAAUUUAGAAGAUAGCACAACUGAAGGGGUUUCAAACCCCAUGGAUAAUCGUGUUCCAUCUUCUGGUAUUUCAGAUGUAACUUUCUAUCUAAUAAUCUCAUUAGCAGCAGUUUCACUGUUUUGGCUUUUAAUAUUUAUAGUUCUUGCUAUUAAUUGCCUAAGAAACAGAAAACAUGGCACUUCUUCCUUUACAGCUGCAUGUUGUACCUGUUGGGAGCAGAAUUUGGCCCCUGGGUACCCAUAUAACUAUCCAACAGGAAGCUUCCGGAUACAGUUGAAUUCUGAUGGCCCUUUGAAAUAUGUAGAAGUUGUACCAAGCCGACUGAUCUCGCCAGCAGAAAACUCCAGACCAGGUGUUACUCCAUUGCUGGAUGGGGAGGAUUUUGUGCAUAUGAUACCUUUACUAGGACCAGAUCCCAGGACCAGAAUAGUUGCUACAUCUUUAUCUACAAACUGUCCUAUGGAUCCCUGCAAUACUGAACACGCCAUGGAGUACUUUGGGGCGCUGCAUUUUACGAGGCAAGUGCUGAAUUUACUUUUCUUUUUCUGCUUUUGGCACAGAAGUUACGCGCAAAUGCACUACGCUGUUCCCGAGGAGUUAAGUCGGGGGUCUGUGGUCGGAAAUGUCGCCAAGGAUCUAGGAUUAGAUCGGCAGCCUAUUUCCUCCCGAAACCUAAGGGUUGUCCCGGAGUCAGGCAAGCAGUUUUUCAAAGUAAAUUCCGAAGACGGGACUUUAGUAAUAAAGGAUCAAAUAGACAGAGAACAAGUCUGCGAUCGCAGCGCUACGUGUUCCCUCCAGCUGCAGCUCAUAAUGGAAAACCCUUGGGAACUGCAAACGGUCAAAGUAGAGAUAGUGGACAUAAAUGACAACUCGCCUCGCUUCCCUACCGAAGAGGUCACUUUGGAGAUCAGAGAAGUGGCCGGCGUUGGAACGAGUUUUGGAUUGGAUAUGGCAGAAGAUCCAGACGUGGGAUCGAACUCUAUUUCCAGUUACUCGCUUAGUCCAAACGAUCAUUUUGUUUUGAGGGUAAAAAAUCGGGACGAUGGCGCUAAAGUACCAGAAAUCGUGUUGCAAAAGGUUUUGGAUAGGGAACUGCAGGAGACACAUCAUUUAAUGUUAACAGCUGUAGACGGCGGCGAACCUGUGUUGUCUGGUACAGUGCACAUUACCGUUAAAGUUCUGGAUAUAAAUGACAACGCGCCCAGUUUUGGACAGUCUUUUUAUAAUGUGAAACUUGAGGAAAACUUGCCAGUGGGAAGUCUUGUGAUCCAGUUGAACGCCACUGAUCCAGACGAAGGUGUCAACGGGGAAAUUGAGUAUUCCUUCAGAAGGAGUCACACCUUCAGCAAGUCCUCUCAGGUCUUUAACAUAGACAAGCGGACGGGGGAGAUCAGGACAAAUAACGUACUAGACUUUGAGGACUCAAAACAUUAUACCAUCGAAAUAAAAGCAAGGGACCGGGGUUCGCCACCUGCUGAACAACAGUGUACAGUUAACGUGGAGCUCAUGGAUGUAAAUGACAAUGCUCCAGAAGUGACUGUAAACUUUUUAACCAGUCCGAUCCAAGAGGAUGCUCCAAUAGGCACUGUAAUUGCUUUAAUUGGUGUUAAAGACAAGGAUUCUGGCGAAAAUGGGCGCGUCCAUCUCCAAAUAGGACCCAACACCCCAUUCAAGCUCACCCAGUCUUUAGAGGAGCAUUAUUCGUUGGUAACCAAGGAGUUGUUGGAUCGUGAGGCCUUUCCUUACUACAAUGUCACAGUUACUGCCUCUGAUUCAGGAUCUCCUUCCCUUUCAACCCAAAGAACACUUUUUAUUGAGAUUUCUGAUGUGAAUGACAACCCACCACAUUUUUCACACCUCUCUUAUACCGCCAAAAUACAUGAAAAUACUUUUCCUGGUUUUCCCAUCUGUUCAGUAACAGCUGUUGACCCUGAUCAGGGCAAGAACUCUAAGCUUUCUUAUUCUAUCCGUGACCAGACAUUUCAAAAUAUGCCUGUUCUUUCCUAUUUUUACAUCAGUUCUGAAAAUGGCACACUCUACAGCGCACGCUCUUUUGACUAUGAGCAGAAUCAGGUUUUUCAGUUAGAAAUCCAGGUUGAGGAUGCUGGCGUGCCACCACUGAGGAGUAAUGUGACCAUUCACAUAUUUGUAAUUGAUCAGAAUGAUAAUGCCCCUAAAAUUAUUUAUCCUAAAACAGCACAUGGUGUGAUCCAGCAAACAAUCUCCCGCUCUGUGCCCAUAGGUUACUUAGUGACCAAGAUUGUGGGUAUUGAUGAAGACAGUGGAUAUAAUGCAUGGCUGUCCUAUAGGUUUCAACAACCCGAAGAGGUGGAAAUGUUUGUUGUAUCACAGUAUACUGGGGAAAUCCGUACUUCCAGGAGUAUGCAGGAUGUACCAGAAACAAUGCAAAAGAUUCUAGUCGAGGUGACAGACCAUGGAAAGCCAGCCCUGUCUACAACUGUUACUCUUAAGUUAUCCUUAGAAGAUAAGACAUCUGAGGGAUUUUCAACCCUCAAGGACACCCCUGUCCUGUCAUCUGGUGCUUCAAAUUUAACACUGUAUCUAGUAAUUGCUCUGGUAGCAAUUUCUUUUGUAUCAUUCGUAACAUUUAUAGCUCUUGCUAUCAAUUGUUUAAGAAACAGAAAGAAAACUGUGUCUUCUUCUGCAGCAUUUUGCUGCUGUUGUAGAAAGCAGACCUUGGAUUCUAAAUACCCCUAUAACUAUUCAGAGGGAAGCCUAAGGAUACAUCUGAAUUCUGAUGGUCCCCUGAAGUAUGUAGAAGUACGUCCAAGUGGGAUGAUCUCUCAGACUCCUCAACCCUCAAGGGCACGUUUUACCCCAGUGUCAGAUGAGGGUGACUUUCUGUACCUAAAACCUUGCAGCACUUUACCUCUCAGUACCAGUUCAGCUACUGCGUCCCUAAAAACUAAUCGUUCUUUGGAUUUAUCUAAGGGGCAAACGCAGCCGAAUACUGACUGGCGUUUUUCACAAGCUCCAAGACCUGGGACUAGCGGGACUGGCGGCUCACAGCAUCUAGAGGAAGUUGUGGGACCAUGGCCUACUAACCAGAUGGAGUCAGAGCGAAUACAGGCAAUGAUGGCUGCAGCUAACGAAAUAACUGACGCCACUUCUACUCUUGGUGCGGGCACGCUCGGUCUGAGCGCCCGAUACGGACCACAGUUCACACUGCAACACGUGCCUGACUACCGCCAGAAUGUUUACAUCCCAGGAAGCACUGCCACUUUGAAUAACAGCUCAGGCAAAAAAGACGGAAAGGGUGCCACAUCAUCCGGUGGACAUAAACGAAAAUCUGGGAAAAAAGACAAGAAAUAGAGAGAGAAUAUAUGAAAAUAAUGUGGAUCUACACUGUACUGCAAUCAAGUCUCCCUGAAGUCAGUUCAUGUACAGAUUGAUGAUAAAGAAGUUGUUAUUCAUAAAACAUUCAGACAGUCAGAACUAAUUAAAUAUAAUUUUGUACCAUUAGUUUCUGUUGAGAAAAAUGUACAAAAUCUGUACCCUCUUGUAAUGGGCAACAUGUUCAGUUCUUGGUAGUUUCUGUAUUAACUUUUAACUGUGUAAUAUAAGCCAGAAAUACUUUUCCCUUUUCAUUAUCAUUGUUAAGUUUCUUUUAAAAAGAAGGUUAAGGGAGACUUUGUCUCACAAAGUAUGUAUGUUGGUAGAAUAGUGUUCUAUUAGCAAGUUCACCAGACAGUGUCAUCUUACAGAGCUCUCACUAGUGUGCCCUGUGUGUGCAAAAAAUAGAUUAGCUCGUGAAACUGGGGGGUUGUAAUUAUUUCUCACUUCUCACUUAAUAAGUGAGAUAUGAAGAUAUUCUUGCAUGAGUAUAUAUAUAAAAGGGUGAAGCUAUGCAUUGUAAAGCACUAGAAAGCUUCAGAAACUGGGAGCUGUUAAAACUUAUAGCAUGAAAACGCAACAAGCAAUGCCAUAUGACUGUGGCAAAAAUGUAUAUACACUUUCUUCUUUUGAUAUGUAGAGAAAUGGAAAAUAAUAUUCUAGGGGAAAAUGCUGCAAAUUCUGCUUAAAAUGUUUCAUAACACUUAAUUUUUUUUCUCCGAAAACAAAAGUGCAAAUGCUUUAAUUGUCCCACUGCAAUAGGUAGGAGUGUUGACUGCCAUUAAAAAGGGACAGUGUGUGUGUUGCUGGGUUUAGAAUCCUUGGCAUCAGUGCCAUUAAUUUGUUUUCUCUUUAAAUAAAAAAGUCAGAUGCUGUAUAUUUUCUGCACAUAAAGAUGCAUGCACUAUAACCCACAUCACACUUUCUACUUGAAAAAAAAAAUCACUAACACUAAGCCAUUCACUGCAUGCAUGGCUCAUAGCAUGAAGAAAUGUUGUACUCCUGUAGAAUGUCUGGGCUAAUCACCCUGCCACAGGUCAGAUAAUGACAUUUACAAGGGGAAGGGUGAAAAGUUGUGCUGGAAAACAAAAAGUAUGUUGUAUAGUUUUGUAAUAUUGGAUACUUUGAAAUUUGCAAAAGAAUGUUAAUGUGGGGGACUCCAAAUCAUGAGGGCCACAAAUCGUUACAGAUGGAGUACUGGAUUAUUGUUGUUAUGCAGAAAUGGUCUUUCGUUUUGAUGGUCAAUCUGCAGAAGUCAGUGUAUGAGUCUUGGAUGAAAAAUUUGUGAGCAGACCUUAUAUGUAUGGCAAAAAAUGGAAAGCAGGUGUCUAAUACAGUUUAGAGUGUAAUUGCAUUUGAUCAGACUAAUGCAGUCUGACACAAAGCAGUGCUUUAUAUAUGUUACAUUUACCUGUGCAUGAGGUUGCUGAUUUUCAUAGCAAAUAUUAGGAAGGAAAAAUUCAGUAGUCAACAGAAGUCAGGGAGUCAGGUGUACUAUAGUAUUCACAGGGAGUAAACCAGUCUUAAUGCAUAGAAUGAAAAUAAAGUGGGUAGCAAAUAUUGGGUGAAAAAGCUGACGGAACCAUAUGCUAGCAUACAAUUAGUAUUUGGUAUGAAUCAGAUACAAGCCAGUAGAUGUUAAGGCAUUCCUAUUGAAAUUAUAAGUGAAUUUUGUAUGUUUUAUGAUCCUGUGGAAUUGUAUAAAUGCAGGCAUAGUGUGCCGCGGACACACUUCAGAUCUUAGAGACCCUUUCUGAGAAAGUCUCACUACCACGGUCAAACACUAUUGCUGUAUAACACAAAAGAGGUGGAAAGCAAAAUGAAGGCCUGAACCCUGGUGUCCUGUAGCAUAUGGAAAGAAUGAGGCCAGGAGAGAGAGAGCAAAAGUAGUGCAGUAAUUCAGAAUUAACAGGGUAAGUGAGGAGGUCUGCAUCAUAGCUGCCAGAAUAGUGGGAAGCCAAACAGUUUUGUGCAGUGUACCACAGCGAUAUUCCUCUGGUAGGUAAUUGUAGUUCAUAGCUACUUAUUUUAUUUAAGAGAGUUUGUUUUUUGUGCUGCUAAUUAUGUGAAUAGUUACAGAAGGUAAUAUUCUAGUCUUGGAAUGAGGUUACCUUUGCUGUUUGUAGUGCUAACCUAUUUGGUGAUCAUUAAUGCUGAUUAUUGAGUUGGGUGUUUUGAAUUAUUUUAGUCUAGAAGAGACUAAUGUGUUCUGAGAGGGCAAGAAAAGGAUCCUACAAACAGCCAAGGUAUCUAAAGAGAGAGAGAGAGUGCAUCUACCUUCACAGUGGUAGAUUUGUUUUAUAUCUCAGGUGAGAAAAACAAUAACAGUUGAAGCAGAAGUAACAACAGUGCUGAGUCUUGGUUGUGGUUUGAAUCUUGAUUGUGAUGUGAAUAUCACCACCUUAGUUUUGGAAAAUCUGCCCAAAAGAAGUCUGUUGGUUGGCAGAAGGGGUUAAGGCUGUGAACUGCAGAUCCUGUGGUACAGGGUUUGAUUCCCUCAGUCCUCAUUUGCCUGUUUUGUGACCUUGUGCAAGUCAUUUAACCAGAUCUUUUACCAGGGUCACCUCUGAAAAGGGACUGUGUGGCCACUGGGCCUACCUGGUUAACAAAUGGGUAUUAUUAUUAUUAAAUAUAUUUCUGAACCAUAUGUAUGUAGUAGCCAAGUGUAGGUAAGGUUACUGCUUAGCUGGACACUGAAGUGGUUUGAUAUAACAAAAAUUAUGCCAUCUGCAAAUAGAUAAGCCUCUGGGAGAGGCUGUCACUUGUGAAGGAGUUUAUAAAAAUGGUAGAGCAUAAUGGCCCCGAGACUGUCCAUUACUGGACCCUUCUAAGAACUGCUGUUGGCCAGAGAACAAUGGACAGAUGCUUUUGGCCUUUAAGUCCUUGAGUGAUGGUAACAGGAUAGCCAUUUUAUCACAGACAGAAGCCAAGUCCAUAGUCUAUCCUGCCGCAAGGAGGGAAUGGGAGAUAAAGUAAAAAUGAUUUUGAAAUAUCAGUAAACAUGCUUACAAAGAGGGUGCCUCCAUUUGCAUUAUGGUGAAUGAUGAUAGUAAGGGAGAAAAGAGCUGUGAUGGUACUCAACCCAUACUGAAGUCCAUGUGACUCAUGACAUCAAAGGUCGUGAUCCUUGAGCUGGUUGUUGAUUAGAGGAAGCAGCUGUGUCUCUACCUUGGUGAGGAAGGGAGAGACGUGAGACAGCACUGUGAGGUUCUUGAUCCACCUUUAAGAAAUGGCAAACUUUGAGCUUUCAACAGUGAGGAGAAGUUAGUAUGGAACACUUAAGGUCCUGUAAUGUUUACUGGUUCGGUGUGUUCAGUGUCUACUGGUCCAGUGAGUUCAACAGUGCCUUAAUACAAUGCUGAACAUGUGACCACCAAAUUAAAACAGUGGGCUUUCCAUAUUGUUCAGCGUUUUUUAACCAAAUCCCUACAUGGCAAAGACAAAUAUUCCUUCCAUUAAUUCAUCUACAUAUUCCAGGAGACUUGGAGUUUGUUAUGCUUUAAAAAUCACCCAAGGUACACUUUUACUCUGUCCCAUACUAAAAGCCAGAAUUUAAGCUCAUGUAGAGCAUCUUUUUCUGUUGCUAACACUGUACUUCUGGCAUUAAUUCAACAUAUUGUCAGCACAUCGGUUCAGGGAAUGGUCCAUAAUAAUAUCCCAAGUCAUAAAAGAAACCUGCAGAAGGGUCAUUUCAUAUUUGUGAUUAACAACAGUAAGAAAUGGCCUGAUAUUUAACAUUUCAAUAAUUACCAGGAUAUGAAAAGUAAGUCAGAGUGUGAUCUUACUGCGAAUGGCAUAUUACCAAGUUUCAUUCCAAGGUAUCAGAAACUGAAAUAAAAUAUUGCAAAUCAGGUGUAACCAGGUGUGUCCAUCAACAUCUCCCCUCAUAUUAUUCACAAUGCUUCCCUUCUUCCAAAUACAACUCAAGUUGACCUGUGUAUCACCCAGGAGGGCACUAGUGCGGAUUGCCACUCAAGUGUCUUGCAGGUGGCUAUCAGACCACCAGAGCCAUAGUUCACAGCAGUGGUGUGGCGUACUAAUUACACAAACUCACACAAAUGUGGAUUAAAGUGAGUUGAUAACGCUGCAUUUAUUUUUAAAAAUAAAAAUAAAAAGUAGAGUAGAAAUGUGUUCCAGUGCUGUGCUAAUUUUAUUACCGAACCAAUUUGUGAACUUCAGUAUUUCUAUAUACAAGUAUCUGUUUAUAUGUGCUUUGUGAUUUUUUUUUUGUCUGUGUGAUGUCUGUCUUGUAAAUGUGUCUGUCUCUAUAUGAACUAUAACCAUUUCCUUCCUUUUAAUUAUAAGGACCAAUGUUGUUGUGCUAAAUGCUGGUUUUAUACUCUAAUAUUUAUAUUACCAUUUUCUUUAUAAAAAUUUCAAUAAAACAUUUUCUUCUCAA